AAAACUGAAUAUAACAAAUUCAACGUUAACUCCACAUCGUAAUUACUUUUGAGUUUUUAAAAAGUCAAAUCCGCUUGUCUUCUAGAUGAGUCAUAACAUGAGCCGAUAACGAGAUAUUAUAUUUCAUUGAAAUUAAUUCGUUACAAUGCCACCAUAGAUGAGUAUAUUCACGGGGCAAAAGAGGCCAUAUAAAAAUUAUCGAACAAAAAGGUCGCAUACCUCUUCAUCUGCCAGCCAGAAAACCUCACAACAAAAAAAAAAUAUCAAAACCUAUCAAAGUGACGCAGGCUGAAUUUCGCACCUUUUUUUACAAUGCAACAAUAUCUUUAGCAAGAAAUUACUCCCAAUGGAUCAGAACGUGGUGGAUUGUGAACUAGCGGAGCGCGACACAGGGCUGUGCGUCUGCAAGGGGGGACCCACGCUUGAGAUCCUCAAGGACAUACAGCGGCUCUACGAGGAGAAGAUGGAACACAUCGAGAAGGCUUCGGGCCCUACCAAGCUACAGAUGCAAGUGGAGGUGCUUCGCGCGUGGGUGGGGGACCUGGUGGGACAGAACACGUUGCUGGCGCGUGCUGUCGAGGAGCUAGAGACAGAGGCCACCACUAAGUUGUUGGUCGAACGCCGCAGGAACAGCGAGAGAAGUUCGAAGAACAUAGUAUGCGGAAAAGUAUCGGAACUGAAAUUAUUAAACGAGGCCUUACAAAAGGAAAACAUUGCAAAAGACAGAGAAAUAAGACAGUUGAACAAAGACGCCCAGACAUAUGAACAGACGAUCAUGAACCUCAGGAAGGAGAUGUCCAGCUGCAAGUAUCAUACGCCUGAGGUGGCCAAGAAAGAUGCAGAGGUGAUGGCAGGCAUGUGUUGCACGGGGAGAGAGUGUGGCGAAUGGGAGCCCGUCAAGGAUUUCAGCGAGCUGCUGCGCGACGAGACGCUCAAGUAUCAGGAACGAGUUCAGAAGAUGGAGAGCAACCUCAAGUCGAGUGGCGACAGCAUCCGCGCUCUGCGCAAGGUGAACGUGAACCUGUCGGAGGAGAUGCACUCGAUGCGGCGCGUGCGCAGCGCUCGACGAGCAGUGCCGCGCCGCCAACAUGCGCGCGCAGUUCAAGGACGAGAUCAUUCGCGAGAUGCGGCGCCAGCUCAAGCAGGCCAAGGCGAAGACCGGUACAGCAUCAGCAAUAUUCCACAGCUAAAAGACACAACGGAGAUCACAAGCCUCAAGUCCAAGGACUACGUAAGUGGCGACGGCGAGUGCCCGCACGCGUCGGCCGUGUCGUACGACUCGCCUCUACCAGUUCCGGCUGUUCCUGUAAGGGUCUCCCAGGAGCUCCUCGCUAAGGAGACCAAGGAAUGUAAACGAGACCGAGACUCCAAGAAGAAGGCUGUGCUGCGGUGCGUUCGGAUACUGUCCGAGAUACGCCAGAUUCAACAUGUGUUGAACAGUUGUAUUUCAAUGAAGGAGCUAGGAACAGUGGUGCCUCUAGUCCUAG